UAAAGCAAACGAGAAGUUGAUAAAACAGAACUCACCAAAAAAAAAUCCUCCUUAUACAGUAUACUUCCUCUCAAUGCCUUUCUCCUAAUUGAUCCUAUGGAUUUUGAUCCUAGCAGUAAACAAGAUGUUUUUUGCACAAUCCCUACAGAUUAUCUUCAUGAUUUUCAUCACCUCGAUCUUACUUUUUCGCUCGCCGGAGGUCCAUUAACCUUCAACACGAACCCUGAUCACAUGAUCGAAAUGGAUAGCGGUUAUGAGCACCCGUUAUUCGAUCCACUCUCAAAUCAUGGUGAUAACUUCUCAUCAAUGGGUCAAGAUUUCAACUUUGGCUAUGAAUUCAAGCCAUUUGAGCAAAAUGGCAAUGCCAGUGGUAGCACACUAUUCAUGAAGAAUUUUGAGAGCUCUACGGAUAUGAAGUCCAUCAACUUCAAUGUUGUGCGUGAUGAAAGUUCAUGUGUUACUAGUACUAUUGAAAACAAUGGUACUAAUAAUGUGUACAAUGAUAAAGAAAUUGGUGGAAGAAAGAAUAAGAAGCUUAUAAAAAGCAAUGAUUCUUCUUCAUCUAUGAGAAAAUCAGGAAGGGGUACUCGUAAAAAAUCAAAAUCAGCCAAAGGCCAAUGGACUAUUGAAGAAGACAGGAUUUUGAUCAAUUUGGUAGAGAAAUUUGGAGAUAGAAAAUGGUCAGAAAUAGCAAAAAUGUUGAAAGGGAGAAUAGGGAAACAAUGUAGAGAGAGGUGGAACAAUCAUCUUAGACCUGAUAUCAAAAAGGAUUUGUGGACGGAGGAGGAAGACAGGAUAUUAAUCGAAGCACAUGCAGAAAUAGGAAACAAAUGGGCAGAAAUAGCAAAAAGGCUUACUGGUAGAACUGAAAAUUCCAUAAAGAACCAUUGGAAUGCUACUAAAAGAAGGCAAUUCACAAGACGAAAAUGUCGUACCAAAUGGUGUAGCCCAAGUUCAAUCCUCCAGAAUUACAUCAAAAGUUUGAACUUCGAAAAAGGUAAUAAUAAUUCUGCACCUAAAAUAGAGCCAAUUGAUCAGCAAGUUCCUGCAGAUAAUUAUGAUUUUGGUGAAUUCGAUCUGGAAGACAAGCUGUUUGAUGAUUUGGAGAAUGUUCCUAAUUAUUGUGAAUUGGCUCAAUUGAUCAUGCAAGAUGGUGAAGUAAAUAAGGAGGUUGACUUGAUGGAUUUCAUUAGUCCUAAUCCAGAGAAUGUAUGAAAAUGACUCUAAUUCCUUAUGAGACAGAUAUAUAGAGACAUUUGUAGGUGCUUGUUUAAAUUAAGAAUGUUUUUUUUUAACAACUUUUAAAUUAAGAAUGUUGACUAUGGUACUUUUUAAUAUAUACAAUAUGCAAUAACA